AUGAACAAUGAGCAGUUUCGGAAGCUGAUACUGGCAAACUCGGCCAAGGCAUCGCAAAAGAAAGAUGCCUCACCUAUUCAAGCAGCUGGCUCCUCGGGAGGUUCGUCUCUGGGGUCGCGACAGAGAUCCAGCAUCCCAAUGACACCGCGGGCGAUGGGCAGUUCCCAGGUCGACUUUGCAAAACAGAUGGCCCAGCGCAACCAGCAGGCGAACCCGACGAAACAGUUCAAGGCUGCGGUUCCGCGGGGUGUUAAGAUGGCAGCUGGCUACACCGACCGAUCGAAAGAACGCGAAGCCAAGAUUGCUGGAGCUGUCGAUGAUCGCUCUGAGCGGCUCAAAGCGCUAGAAGAGUCACUGAAGAAUGAAGAAGUCGACAAGGAAACCUACGAACGACUACGGUUCGAGAUUGCCGGCGGCGAUUUGGAGAGCACCCACUUGGUCAAGGGUCUUGACUUUAAGCUUCUCGAGCGAGUGCGAAGAGGCGAAGACGUCUACUCUGGCAAAAAAGAAGAGGAAGGCGCGACCAAAGAGGAAGAUGUCGAUGUCGACGACGCCUUUGAUCAGCUCGAAAGCGAAGAGGUGCAAGCGAUUGAAAAGGACAAGACGGGGAAGAAGAGGGGCCAGCUAUCUACCGUAGCGCUGGCACCGGGCAAGAAGCGCACUCGGGAUCAAAUUCUGGCCGAGUUCAAGGCAGCGCGCGCGGCGGCCAAGGCGCAGGCCGAGCCCGCGCUGGGCGACCGCUUCCGCAAGAUUGGUGCCAAGCAGCAGCCCGGGACGCGCAUCGAGCGCGAUAGAAAGGGUCGCGAGGUCAUGAUUAUUGUGGACGCAGAUGGACACGAGAAGCGCAAGAUACGCAAGGUGCAGCCGGGAGGCAACGCGGCUGACACCGACAACGGGCUGCUCAUGCCAGACAAGAAUGCGAAGCCGCUUGGCAUGGAGGUGCCAGAACACUAUCGCAAACAGGAGCCCGCGACUGAAGAGGAUGAAGAUGUCGACAUCUUUGACGACGUUGGAGACGACUACGACCCCCUUGCUGGCAUGGAUGAAUCGGACUCCGACUCUGACAACCAAGGCAAAGGUGGGAAAACCAAGGACGAGGCAGAGAAGCCGACGCCAGAUAGGUCGAUGCCACCACCGCCACGACCAAAAGCCCCAAACAACUACUUCAAGGGCUCCAAGACGAGCCUCCUCUCGGAGCAAGAUACCAAGGCGCCAUCCAUGUCCGACCCUGCCAUGAUGGCCGCCAUCAAGCGCGCCGCUGCCCUCCGACCACGCGGCGGCGACGACGACGACGACGAGGCCUCGGACGACGAGGCAGCGCAAAAGGCCAAGGCUGACGAGGCGCGCCGCAAGAAAUUGCUGCAAAACGAUAACCGUGACGCCGAGGACUUGGAUAUGGGCUUUGGCACGAGCCGCUACGAGGAUGAGGAGGACUUUGACGACCACGACAUUAAGCUCUCUGCGUGGGGCGACGACGGCGAUGAAGGUGGUGGUGGUGGCGGCGGUGGCGGAAAGAAGAGGAAGCGCAACAAGAAGCGUAAAGGGGAUGUGAAUAGCGCGGCGGAUGUACUGAGGGUCAUGGAGCAAAGGAAAUCGUGA